GCAAAUUAUAGACAUCAAAAUUUAUCAAGAUGAUGAAGUUAAUAGUUGUAUUUGUGGCUAUUGUUUUUAUAACAAUUAAUGCUGAUGAACAUCUGGAGAAAAAGCACCAUCAUGUAAAACAUCACCAUCAGCAUGCUUCAAAAAGUCAUCACCACCAUGAAAAAAUUCAUCACGAGAAUAAAUAUACUAAUCGUAGAUCACCAGUUCUCCAAGAAUUUUGUGAAAUACUUUGUGGCGAUCCGUUCUUAAACCCUGGACCCGUAAUACCUGAUAAUGGAGAAAAUUCAACUACUGAAGCUUCGACAGAAGCAAAUGCAUUUAACAACGCAUCAACACCAGUAGUAAAUAAUUAAUUACCAAACUUUGUGAAAAAUUAAUAAAUAACUGCAUAAUUACAA